AUGCCGAUGCCGUCCACGCCGCGGCUCCCCUGGCGCCUCGCCGUCCCGCUCGCCGCCGCCUUCGCCUCCGUCCCGUUCAUCCUCCCACUCACGCUCCCUCUCCUCCUCCGCUCCAACGCCUCCCCACGGGCGCUCUCCCUGAACCGCCUCACCUGGCUCCCAUCCCCAACGAUACGGACAGCUCCGACGGUUUCGCCGCCACUUGCUCCGUCACCGUCACCACCAUCCGCGCCCUCGCCGCCAGUGAUACAGAUGUUACCUUCACCUCCCCCACCACCACCGCCGUCUCCCUCUCCACCGUCCGCGCCCCCAUCGACACUGAUGAUACAGGCGCCGCAUUCUCCUCCGCCGCCGGCGAUGCAAGCGCCGCAUUCUCCACCGCCGCCGCCGAUACAGGCGCAGCAUUCUCCGCCGCCGCCUUCUUCGAUACAAGCGCCGCAUCCAACACCACCACCGCAUUCUCCCUCUCCGCCACCGCCCGAGUCCACGGCGGCGGAAGAGAAGGCGGGUGGAACUGAAACCGGAAGGUGCGACUUGUACGACGGGGAGUGGGUGCAGGACGAGGAGGCGCGGCCGCUUUACCCGCCGGGGACGUGCCCCUACGUGGACGAGGCGUACGCGUGCGCGGCGAACGGCCGGCCGGACUCCAGGUACACGCGGUGGCGCUGGGCGCCGCGCCACUGCAGCCUCCCCAGGUUCAACGCGACGGACUUCCUGGAGAGGCUGCGCGGCAAGCGGCUGCUGCUGGUGGGCGACUCGAUGAACCGGAACCAGUUCGAGUCCAUGCUCUGCGUCCUGCGCGAGGCCCUGCCGGACAAGGCCAGGAUGUUCGAGACGCACGGGUACAGGAUCAGCAAGGGCCGAGGCUACUUCGUCUUCAAGUUCGCGGACUACGGCUGCACCGUGGAGUUCGUGCGGUCGCAUUUCCUGGUCCGUGAAGGGGUGCGCUUCAACAGGCAGGGGAACUCCAACCCGAUCCUCCAGAUCGACCGCAUCGACAAGACGGCGAACCGGUGGAAGAAGGCCGACGUGCUCGUCUUCAACACCGGCCACUGGUGGACGCACGGCAAGACGGCGAGAGGACAGAACUACUACAAGGAAGGCGACACGUUGUACCCUCGAUUCGACUCGACUGAAGCUUACAGAAGAGCUCUGAAGACAUGGGCUCGCUGGAUCGACAGGAACAUGGACCCGGCGAGAAGCGUCGUCUUCUACCGAGGAUACUCCACUGCGCAUUUCAGGGGAGGCGACUGGGACUCCGGCGGCUCGUGCAACGGCGAGACGGAGCCGACGUUCAGAGGCGCCAUCAUCGACAGCUACCCUCUGAAGAUGAGGAUCGUGCAGGAGGCCAUCGGCCGGAUGCGGUUCCCGGUGCGGCUGCUGAACGUCACGAAGCUGACCAACUUCCGCAGGGACGGGCACCCGUCGGUGUACGGCAAGGCCGGGGACAGGAAGGUGUCCAAGAGGAAGCAGGACUGCAGCCAUUGGUGCCUCCCCGGCGUGCCGGACGCCUGGAACGAGCUCAUCUAUGCCUCUCUUGUCUUGGAACCCAAUCCUGUCGCAUGGGAAACCAGAUGA